GUGAUCCUCUUCCUAUCAUUUAGCAACAACGCCGAGUCUUUAGAGGACACCCUCAUUUCACCUUCAAUUCCUCUCGUGUUCAUCAAGAAAAUUAAAGCUAAUAUGGGUGAUAGAGCUGAAUGUGAGCGUGUUUUCAAGCGCUUUGAUGUGAAUGGCGAUGGCAAGAUCUCUCUGGCUGAGUUUGCAGAUGCUCUCAAAGUGUUAGGCUUAACAUCUCAGGAGGAAGUUCAGCGUCGAAUGGCGGAAAUUGAUAAGGAUGGUGAUGGUUAUAUCACAUUGGAAGAGUUAGUUGAAUUUGAUAGCGCCCAUCCUAACUUGAUGAAGGAUGUUUUGAAGAAACUCUAAGCUUUCUGCAUUUGGUUUCAAUGUUCUUAUAUUGCCAUUAAAAAUCUUAUUUCUUUCUUGUUACCAUAUUUUUAUAUAUUCAGAAGUUUUAAGUUGUGGAGUAGUAUAUAUAAAAAUUUGUAAUAUUAAAUACAAAUUAAUUACAAAUUAAUUAACCAUU